UCCAGCCACACUCUUAACGCAAAGACAAGAGGGAGCAGAGCAGUCAGCGGGCAGCAUUGGACGGGUCACAGUCCAUCCCACCAUCCCAGCCAGCCAUCUACCUCACAGCACCUCCACAGCCUCUCCUCCUCCCCCGGCUGUCCUGAUCCAGACCCAGCAGUGGGGCUCUCUGUAUGUGUCUGCCCUACUCUCGGUGGGGGACUGCGAGGUGAGUGUGAGCGGUGCAGGAGCCUGGCCCGGGGUCACACCUCUCUGUGAACAUGCACACCACCCAGAAGGACACCACCUACACCAAGAUCUUCGUUGGGGGGCUGCCCUAUCACACCACGGACUCCAGCCUCAGGAAGUACUUCGAGGUGUUUGGGGACAUAGAGGAGGCUGUAGUUAUCACCGACAGACAGACUGGCAAGUCCAGGGGCUAUGGCUUUGUAAGUUGUUCUUUUAAAAUCUAUAUUCCUUGGCUUAUUCUUCCAUGAGGUAGGCAGUGUUUUGGGAAUGCAGCAGUAGUCUAUAUAUAAACUAAUUCUGUUUACUAAGCCCAUCUGUACUCACUAACCCUUUAGCAGCUAAUGAUCCUUCCCAGCUUUCCUUUCUUUCACUUGUUCUUCCAGUGUGGGAGUUUAUUUUAGAGAUUCUCAUUCUAGAACGAACAGACGCUACUCUGUAACUAGGAAGUGUCCGGAGUCUGUUAGGUUAACGCUUUGACCGCCGGAGCUGUCCUUCACUGCGUAGGGCUUACCUUGUUUAAUUUCUUGCGUUUCUGAAUGUCAUAUACAGUUGCUGAUAAAAAGAAAAACCUGAGCUCGUGUAAGUUAAACUGCAAGCAGUUUGAGUUUGCGAUUUAACAUUACACUUGUUAAACUGAAAUCCUAGUAAGGUGCAGGCUGUUCUAACCUGUGUGAUAACAUACGGCUGUUUAUUAAAAAAAAAUGUAUUUGCAUUAAAGCUAGACUUGAUGUCGAAAUUGUAAGCAGGUUUGGGUUUUGUUUCAUUUUAGUAAAAUAAUGUUUUUAAAAAGGAAAAAGUGUGCCUCAAAGUAACUUUUUAGGGAGUCAGCUGCGGGGUUGGCUAAAAUAAUAUUGCCGAGGAAAUCAAUGGCUCCAUUUUAUGUUGGGCUUUCACGUUGCAUAUAGCAAGAGGCAGUGUAAGGGUUAAAAUAAACUGCUACCUGUAUGGGUACAGGGUCACGUGAGACCAACUGGUCUCUAUACUAAAUCCGGGAUAUGGCUUGAUGAGGCUAGGGAGAAAGCAGGUGGAUCAGUCCUGAGAACAGCCCCAGGUCUAACAGAAACUAGUCGUAGAAUAUGGAAAGCAGCCCAGCGUGAAUCCCCCACCCCCUCACUUGCAUAUCCCAGGAGCUGCUUACAACAAUAACAGGGAAACUCCUGCCUCUCUGCAUGCUCGUGGACCCAAUCCAUUACCUGAGACUCCUCCUGUGAGCCUUUCAUUUGAUAAGGUAACUUUGAACUGCUGUACAAGUUCAAAUCUUCCUCAACCUUAAAACAUUGAUAUAACCGUGCUAUAGACUCACUUUAAAAUCUGUCUGCCUCUGCUUUAUGUACAGUUUAUUCUUCAGCCUAAUUUGAAAAAAAUAUAUAUUUUAAACAUUUUUUUACAACUCUCGGGUGUGUUGUACUAUAGUGUGGUUUUUGGCUUCCAGACAAAAAAAAAUUUAAUUCAUGUAUUCACAAAUAAUGGUUUUCUUUUAUCUUAAUUCCAGAGCUCUCUGCUUAUUUUUUAACAUUUUUAUUUUUUUAAUAUAGUUACAUCCAUGGUUCAUAUCCCUAUAUAUGCAGGAAUCUUGUCUUCUCAUGUUUUCAGUGAGCGUUAAAUCCUUUCAUUUCAUAAGGUUACACCAUCUAAACAUUGGCAAAAUAAAACCAUUGUAUAUCUGAGCUAUGGAUUUAACAGUAUUGCUGGCUAAUGUACAGUGUUCCAGAAAGCAGAGAUGUGUAACAGAGCUGCCAGGGCUCAGCUCAUAUGUGUGAUCGUUCUCAUGGAAAAUCUUUAAACUCAAGAAGUUUUGAUAUUGCUCGCUGUGUAGAACACAAAUUUUUAAACAUUAAAAAUUGUGCAAAUAUGGAUUAAUAAUCUGUGUUUAAUCUGCAGGUCACCAUGGCUGAUAGGAGUGCUGCUGAGAGGGCUUGCAAAGACCCAAAUCCAAUCAUUGACGGCAGAAAAGCUAACGUGAAUCUUGCAUAUCUGGGAGCAAAGCCACGAAUAAUGCAACCAGGUACACGAGUUGCAUGUGAACUCCUUUCCUAGCCCCCUCCCCCCAACAUAAGUGUUAUACUAACUUUGUAUGAUUUCUAUAUACCAUGUUGGCUGAGACCAUCACCCUUUAAAGUUAUAAUUCGGUGCAAGAUUCUCUGUAAUGGUGUAUCUCCUGUGAAUACAGCGUCGUCAUUUACAAGAUCUUCAUAGCAGUCUAAUGUAAGACUGUCCAUGGCUGUAUUGCCACUUGUAUAGCACCAAUUUGUUGCCAUUGGGCUUAUAAAACCUGCCUCUGGUAUAGCCUGUAUACAGAAAUGCCAUUAACAAAGCUGCUCACGUAAGAGUACAUAGAACUACUGCUUGGGCUUACUGGGACAGUGUGUUAGAAUCGCACAUAAAAGAUUAAACAAAGUAUAUAGCUAAACAUCAGGGAACCAAAAUAAAUCCUUGCAUAUCUUUGUUUUUGUUUUUUGUAGGUUUUGCAUUUGGAGUACAACAAAUUCACCCAGCACUUAUCCAAAGGCCUUUUGGGUAAGUAUUUAUGAACCCUAUGCUCUCUACUCUUACUGCAAAUAUGUGAUGUACAGCUGCAUUGUGUAAUCAAUGUGCACGUCCUUGAUAUUUCUAAUAGUAUACUAUGGAGGGGGGUGGGGGGGUACACGUAAACAACUUCUAAUUUGUCUAACUUUAGAAAUGACUAAUAUAUCAUGCAGGUGAUCUUGUUUCCAGGUCCAAGUGAACUUUUACUCUUUAAAAAUGAUGUAUUAUGGGUUUUUGUGUGCAUUCCCUACUGUGAAACACUGUCAACUGGCCCUCUGUAUCAACAGAACCAGACUUGACUAAAUCCCAAUAUCUAAUCUUUAUACAGUUCUUAUGGUGGCUAGCCCCUUCAAUCUUCCUUAGUACAUUGAUAGUUGCCCCUUUUAUUGGCACUUUAUGACACAUCUUACAAUAGCUCAGUAUCUUCACAUUACUUGAUGUCCCUGCGAAGGACACUGUGUGGAUCAUGGUGUACCCCUACCAUUUCUGGUGUGACUCAAUGUUAUCUAUCUCUUUCUAAUCUGACAGGGGUCGUUUACAGUUAAGAUAACUGACAAGGAUUUGAUAAGAUGGAGUAGUUCUGUUUGGAAUUAAUCUUACCAGUAGACUCAGAAAACAAGCUAAAUGGUGAUUAAAGAUGCAUGUAUGUUCGGUUUUUAUUUUGUUCUUUCUAGCUCCUAGACCUGUGUGCAUUUUUUAUUUUUACAGUAAUGAAGUGGUUUUCAUAGCUAAACUGCGUGGUUUUAUAUUUUGUUGGUGACAAGCUGUAGUGACCCCUAAUUGUGGCUUUGGGUGUUGGGAGGGAGCCUUGAGUUUUUUUUUUUUUUUUUUUUUUUUUUUUUUUUUUUUUUUUUUUUUUUUUGUUUGGAUUUCUUUCUUUUUGAAAAAAUAAAAAAAAAUUGUGGGUGUAUUUGAGGAGUGACUUUUGCCAUGUGGAUCUUUUUUUUUUUUUUUUUUUUUUUUUUUUUUUUUUUUUUAAUAGCGCUUGUGACUUUAACACGUUGUAGUGACUUGAUACAUUUUGGUGUGCCAUUUUGUGUUGUCUCUUCAGCUUGCAUGCUAUUCACAAUGGAUUUCCAUUUAUUUUAAUAAGCUCCUCAGGCUUUCUAACUACCCUUUUUCCCAUCUCUUCAUUGUGCUAAAGGUAUUCUAUCUCAAAGUGCAGUAUUCUAGUAAAAAUACGGUGAUACUACCAAUUUAGGGUACAUCCCCACUGGCUAAUCUGUAAACUGCAUACAUAUUUACUGUAAAACAUGUGACAUGGCGGUUUUCACUAGACCAUAACUGUCGCAAAACCCAAUGUCUAGCUGUAAAUAUUUCUCUGGAGAAAUCUCUACCAAUUUGAUAUUGAAUCAAAUAAAAUAUUUUCAAUUUGAGGUGCUGCAUUAGUAUAAAACUCUAUAAUUAGAACCGUCUAUCUUCAUUAGUGCUCUUAUCUUACUGAUGAACUAGCUGAUUCAUACAUUUAGGUAGUUUGCAAGUUGAAAGAACACAUUUGAAUAUAUAUACUUUUUUUUUUUUUUUUUUUGUGUGUGUAUUUUUAAGCCUGUUACUCACUGUAGUGUGACUUUCAAAUUUUAUUGUGGACUAAAAAUUAAUUUAGGUUUCUGAUUAGUUCUCACAUUGGUGGAAAAACACUGUCUGAUCUAUUUUGUGUGCACAUAUGGUUAAUGGUCUCAUCACAGACAUCUCUCAUGGCCUUAUGUUUUUAGACUGCAACAAAACUUACACAAAUAGUAACUUGUCUUAUUUGGUUGUUGCUAUUUUAAACUUUUGGAAUCUAGAAGUAAAAUCCAAACUUGUUCAAAGAGGUAAAUUACUUGUGAUGGGGCUUUUUAAUUUUAUAGUUCUAAUGACCUCAUGUACCCUGGAAAUGCAGUGUCUGUGUUCCUAUGGCUCUUGUUUGUGUUGUGUAUAGCAAACUUAGUAGAUCUGUUAAAAUACUAUAACAGUUUUAAGGUUUGCAUGUUUGUUUUUUUUUUUUGUUUUUUUUUUGUUUUGUAGGAGAGGAGAAAAAAUAAAUAAAUAAAUAUAUAUAUAUAUUUAUUUUGAAUGUGGACACAGUUUAUCUUGGUUACAUAUUUGCCCUUCAUGAUGAAUCAUGGUUCACUUUAACCAUAUAAAGACAUUCAGCACUCUUGGGCCUUCUCAUGUGUCAGGUCAAAAAUAGUCCAAAUGCAGCUCGACCUGUCAAUCACUUUAAGUGCAACUGGAGUUUGGAGGAGUCUGUGGUAUCCAGAGUAUAUGGCUUGCUUCUUAAAGGGUGGUCUUGUAAUCAGCCCCUUUGGCGCGGAGUGGCCUACUGGCUACAAGUUUUUCAUUUUAACACAUAGGUGUAACAUGAUGGGCAUGACAGUUUGUGCACAUAUCGUUCUCUGAGUGUGUGACUUUUGGUGUGUUGUCCCCCACACUCAGCAGUUUACAAUAUAGGCAAUGGAAACCUGAACAAUGCUUAAUAUAGGCAUAAAUUAACUUAUUAAGCUUUUUUAUUUUUUUUUUUUUUUUAUUUCGUAAAUCAAAGUUUAUCAAUGACCUAAAACUUAUCACCCAGACAAUUUGUGUGAAUGAUUUCAUGACAUACAUGUAUUUUCAUCCUGCCAUCUCAAAUAUUGUGAGGACUCUCUCUAUAAACAAUUUAAUCAGUGAGGCGCUAUUGCAUGUCUUAUUAAUAAAUCAGGCCAGAAACCUGAUUUCUCCAAUUCAGAUGGACACAUCUUGGAGAGAGACCGAGAGAUAUAUAUUUUUUUUUCUAUUUUUUUUUUUUUUCUUGGUUUUAGGAAGGGUGUCAUACAAAUGAGCCCAAUCCCAUGUUUAAUGGCUCUAUUGUCUAUGCAAUGAACUACAUAGGUAUCUUUGUCUAACUCUAGGUCUUUUUAAAACGCCCUCAAAUACUUUUACAUGUUUGGCUGAGAAGCAAUCCUGCUGAGUCGAAACUGGAAGUUUAGUUGACUGGUAUUUAAAACCAUUUGAUAUAAGUUUUCAUUUAAAUUUUAUUUUUUCAUCCUUGUAACCGUGUGAUGCACACUUUAUUUUUUUUUGUUUUAGACCUAAUGCUAUGGUGUGGCAUAGCAUCUGUAAAGCUUCAACACUACAGCCUCAUGUGUUUUGCACUGUUUUUGAAUGUGUGACUCUGCUGUGCCUUCCACCACUUUAUAAGUUUUGCCGCCUGCAUUUCUAGUUUUAUAUUAAGGGUGACUUAAGUUGCAGAGAUUAAUGUGUGCCGAGUCUGUGGAGUAAUUCUUGUAGGGGUUGCCAUGAUAUUCAAGAAAAUUAUGAUGCCUAUAUAAUUUAUCACACUUUUUAAUACAUGGAAUCCAAUGGGGUUAGUGGGUCAGGUUAUCACACUGCACUUAACUAUUCUUUAGUAAACUAGGCAGAUGUUGACAACCAUCUUCUAAUAUAAAAUGAACUAAACCUUUUGGAAAAUCUUAUCUUCAGUAUAAGCAUGAAUAAUAUGCAAGUAAUUCAUAUGCAGGUUACUUUUCAUAGUUUAGUAUUUUAUAUAUAUUUUUAUUAGGUCUUCCGUAGUCUUGAUAUUGUGGCAACCCUAUACAUAUAAUAAACUGGGUUAACUGUUUGAAAUUUUGUUCAUAUGUCUUACUCCUUGUUUUUCUGUUUUCUUUCCUUCCUACAGAAUUCCUGCACAUUACGUUUAUCCACAUGCGUUUGUGCAGCCGGGAGUUAUGAUUCCACAUGUCCAGCCAGCAGCUGCCGCUGCCUCUACAAGUCCGUACAUUGAUUACACCGGAGCCGCCUACGCACAGUACUCGGCUGCUGCUGCAGCUGCCUAUGAUCAAUACCCAUAUGCUGCCUCCCCAGCUGCAACCGGAUAUGUUACCACUGCAGGUUAUGGCUAUGCAGUUCAACAGCCACUUGCCUCUGCAGCACCUGGAACUGCUGCUGCAGCAGCUGCGGCCUUUGGCCAAUACCAGCCACAGCAGCUGCAGGCUGACCGCAUGCAGUAAUGCUUAAACUAUGAAGUUAUCAAUUUCUUUUAUUUUUUUUUUCCUUCGUGUUUUCAGCCUUCCAGUUUCAAUACACGAGACAAUACCGAAUUAGGCUAAAUGGUGUGAAGGAAAAAAACAAGCUAUGGUUUCAAAGAGGGGAAAAAAACCCAAGAACUUUUAUUCCAGCUUCUCUAUGUAGUACACAUCAGAGUAAUAUUAGAAGGGUGUUUCAGGCAUAUAUCAAGAAGAAACUAACAUGGCGUGUGUUACUGAAACAGUCAGACUUGAUAUCUAUACAGACAUUUCUAUAUCAGGGAAAGAAACUGCCUUUUGCUAAGCUGGGAGGGGGUACACACUACUUUUUUUUUUUUUUUCAUUGCUUUAUUUUACGAUGUUUAAACCAGGGAUAUUGGUUAGCAAUAUGUAGCCCAAAUGAAGUAAUCUUUAAGGCAGAUUGUCAUGUCUCCUUAUUAUGACUAAAUUAAUCUUAUGUUGGUGAGAAACAAGGUAACACUGACCUAUUGGAGGCACAUAGCCCACUGGUCACAUGAUGGACAGGCGGCACCAAAGUGUAUUUUUUCUCAUCUGUACUCUAGAUGAGUGGAACUGUGGAGCAAGUGAUGUGGAAUUAACGGGUGCAACAGCUGUACAGACAAUCAAUAACACAGACCGUUCUGGAAAGAACACAUCACUUGUGCUUACUUGAUGAGCUUGUCACAUUGUAAUCCCUUUCCCCAUCCUGUUUCGCUUUUGGGAAACUAUAAUUGCUGGUGUCAGCUAUUCUGAUUCUGAAAUAGGAUCAGCCCCUUACUACAACAGCCUUCUAUUUUAUUAUACCUAUUCAUAGCUUGUGAAUAACCAGGGGAAAGAUACAUGCUAUGGUUAACCCUUUAAGAACUGUUAGCCAAUACCUAUGAACACAUGUCCCUAAUUUGGGCAUUAAAGGAGAACUUUUGUAUUAGUUUCCCCUAAACUUGAAUUUUCCUCUCCUUUCUUUUCUUUCCUUUUUCUAUUUUCCUUUCAAAGUAUUUAAAUAGAAGAAUCGAUUAAUUAUGCAGUACAUGAAUUUGAGUUGCAGUUCUUCAAGGGUUAACUGGUCUUUACUGUGCCUUAACUGUAAUGUUACUGAAAAGAAAUGUAUUUAUUUAUUUUGAAAGUUUUACUACAGUGUGCUCUGAAGAAGGGAACUUUAGAUGCAACACACUAUGUAUUCAUCUCAUGUUAUAAAUUAUUUAAGUAAGUUUAGAUUUAGUAAAUUAAAUAGCAACCUAUUGAACUAAAAUAUUGACUUGGAUUUAUUUAAAUUCUGUAUGUGCACUGUAUAUCCCUACCUUAACACUUAGGAUUUUACAUGAGCAGCACAUUUAUGCCAUGGUGUUUUUUCUAAUGACCUCUUAAAGCAGUAUACUAUACAUUUCAUUUGUAUGUAGAGUAAUAUUUUUUUUUCUUUUUAUUAGAGAAGUGCUGCUUUAUACAAAUACAAUGACUUGUAAAACUGCAAUACUUGGCAAUUUUUAUUCUUGACUUAAAAGUUGAAUAUUUUACACUGUAAUGGCUUUUUAUACUUGAACAAUUUCAUACAAGGGAAGAAAAUACAGCAUUUUUAUGGACAUUUGUCUAAAUGUCACUGGAUUUAUUUUUAAGUAUUCUAAAUACUAGCCAGUGUUAUGUAACGGUAGACAAGGAUUUCCAUGCAUAUUAUUUAUUCAUUAUAUAUUGCUUUAUAGCAGUUAAGAUCUAUUCAUUUCACUUGUAUUAAAAUGUAAUAAAAUAUCCAUUGGUUGCAUUGUA